UUGCAAAAAUAAAAAAUGAUUCGCUUCACACUGCACUCAUAUCAACGCAUACUCUUUUUAUUUAUCACUGUAAAAUCGCUCAAAAAGGAAGCACACCGUUUCUCUGAAAAAAAAGUUAGUAAUUCAAGAAUUGGCCACUCUGAAAUAUGCAUAGUUCAAAGGGAUCUCUUAUUUCUGUCCUAGUUAUUAAAAUAUCUAAAAUAGAGCAAAACUAUUGUGGAAAGAAAAUCCUUUUAAGACAGUUUUACGUUAUUUCAUAAUCUGUAGUUUCUGCGACGCCUACACAUUCCCAGAUGUAUGUAGGCACAGUUCUCAUUUUUUUGCCAGAAUAUUAUUUUGAAUGCUGGUUAUACUGUAUACAAAAGUCCACUGGAUAUAAAGUUAGAAACAUAAAUUCCACAGAAAAUAUGAUCUAUUUUCAAACACAUACUCUAAUCAAAUUAACAAAUCAUUUCCCCGAAAAAAAACUUUUUUUUAAUCGGAGUGAAAUUCGUGUUAAAACAGAUGCAUAUAACAAGAUAAAUUAUUCGAGAUAAUUUUCGGCUAAAUUUUACCUUACUGAUGUUCGCCCCGUUUAAGGAGCAUUUUCCCUGGAAAACGCAUUGAGUAAGAGUGUCGUAAUAUAGGGGCGUCACUAGAAGUGCAAAGGACCAAUCGCCAAACAGUCAUAGCGCCUGCUCACCAAUCGGACAGCUUCGGGCAACAAUGGCUGUGCCUUCGGCUGGUCCCGACUGUUGACAGUGUGAGUUAGUCCUCAGGAGACUUUAUAAAAUCCCUGCUGGUCACACAGGAAAAUACAGUCGCUCUUAAGCACUGGAUUCGGAGUCGUCGAGGAGCGUGAAGAAGUUUGAGAAUCGCGAAACGAGCUUUAAGAUCCAUCAUAAGUGUUAACUAAGUCAUUUGACUUCUUCUACAGUGAUCAGUGAAGUGUUAUCGAAGAUAAUAUUAUAACCAUAAUUGAGUGAUUAGAAGUUCCUCUUGGUGUCUCGUCAAAGAAGAUGCAGGGUUAUCAACGUAAUUUCGAGGAGCAGCAACGAGAUCAACGAGAAGAAGAGACUAUCGUCGUAGACCUGGUGCCACCGCAAUAUCAGCUGAGUCCGCCUCAUAGUCCAUUGCAUGGAAACAUGUCAAAAACUCCCGAAAAGGAAUCCUCGGGAUCGCAUCAGCCGCAACAACCAUUAUCCUCGAUGGACCCGAACAGCCGACGUUACAGAACAGCAUUUACUCGGGAACAGUUAUCCCGUCUUGAAAAAGAAUUCCAUCGCGAGAAUUACGUGAGCCGACCGCGGAGGUGCGAAUUGGCCGCUCAAUUGCAGCUGCCCGAAUCGACAAUUAAGGUCUGGUUUCAAAAUCGACGAAUGAAGGAUAAGAGACAAAGGAUGGCGAUGGCAUGGCCGUACGCCAUAUAUACGGAUCCUACAUUGGCUGCAACCCUGUUAGCUGCAGCAACAGCAACCCUACCGCCACCACCAUAUCACGGGACCCCCGGUUUGCCGCCUACGCACCUAGCGCCAAAUUACCCUGCAGCGGCAGCAGCCGCGUAUUAUACAGCGCGUUAUAAUCCUUAUCCAGCCAGUGCGCCAGCGACGACAUCGACUGGACUUCACAGGCCACACCCACAGAGUCCAGCAUAUCCUCACCACCAUCAUCUUCUUCAGCCUCACCCAGCCUUGCCGCCCCUGCAUCUCCCAACUCUUGGCGUUCCUACCAACACACAUUCUCCAUUCGUGAGUCCACCGACCUCUACUUCAGCCCCCACUUACCGUCCAACACUUCCAGAGCUGAGCCCCUCCCAUUCGGACACAUCAAGUGACUGUGACUGUGGUGCGGCUCAUCCCCACUCCCACAUACACCCCCUCUCAUCUUCUGGAGAAAAGACUCCGCCCCUCAAGCUUCCCACCACCAUGGCCAUUGGACUACCCGCGCAAAUUCAAACGAUCCAAAGUGCGUUUGAAAACAAAAGUUACUCAGGACCACUGAACACGUCAACGGUCUCUGCCACGACGAAAAUUGACGCACCUAAACUGUUUCAGCCUUAUAAGAGCGAUAUCUCGGAAAAGGCGUAGAUAGAAAAUGGUCAGAAAUAUGAAAAAUUACGAUGGGCAUCAUAAUCUUAGUUGGGCUCUUGAGGGUUUGAUUUGACCUUAGGUUUUUAAGAAUUGUACAAAGUAGAUGUAUAAAGAUUUUUGAUUGGGCUCUCUGUUGCGGUCAAAUGCCGAACCAACUGCCAAAAUAGUGUAUAUAAGCUUACCAAGGAAUAAGAUUAAGGUAAUUGUACAAAUAUUUUCUCCUGUAAAAAAAAAUACCUGUGUAUUGUGGAAUCGCUGUGCGACCGUUAGUUAGGGAAAGAGUUGUGUGACUGGUGUCUAUUCUCUUUAUAGAUAGUCCCUAAAACUAUGUACAGUCUUAGUAUUUAGGUACCUAUUUAUUACAAACGAUACUUGCUUUCCUAUUCUAUAUAGUAUUCUAUUAUUGUACUUUAUAUUUUUAUUCCCUCAGUACGAAGAUUAAAUUUGCGACUAAUUCAAAUUCGUGUUAUCUCCAGUUGUUAAAUGACACUUUAUUGAAGAUUAUAUACUCUUCUGAGUGUGGCAUAUUAAAAAAACGAUAGAUUGACGAAGGAGAAAAUACAAGUAAAAUAAAUAAAUAU